AUGCAGAGUCAGCAUUUCAAGCGCCGCUCUGUCCUAGGGGCUGAACCUGUUUUUGAAAUUACUAAGGACCAUGGAGUGAUACUGCCUGACGAGGAAGAAGGAUCCAUACAUGAGAUAGAAGGUCUGACACUACCCGACGAAGAAGAAGAAUCCUUGUAUGAGAUGGAAAAUCUUAUGGAGCAAUUCACUCUUUUUGGCGAGCAUCAGAUACGGGGUGAGGAGGAGGGUGAUGCCAUAUCACGAAUGGAAUAUGGAAUCCGUCUAUAG